ACAGCAUUACAUAUACGAAGCUCAUCCACAGCUUUGCUCUCCUCCACACUAGCAACACUGCACCGCAAGCAUGCAUCUCUGGGCAGUGCUGCUCACCCAACGCCACAAGCCUACAAGAAAGACACGUGGGGCUGUGAUAUUGAUGUCGAGUUGUUGGAACUUCCCACCCCGCAAAAAACAUUAGCUGGUCCUCUUAAAGAGGUUAAAAGUUUUGCUGGCAGCCCAUCGACGCCUGUCAAGCCAGGACCGACGCCUUUCAAUAAAAGUAGUUUGGAGUGUUCUGAUUCGAAAUCAUGGAGGCCGGUUCGGCCCAAAUCGGUGGAAGUGAUCCAGCGGACAGUGUCUACCUCGGAGUAUGAGACAGGUUCUGACAAGUCGAGAGGCAGGAAGUCUGCUGGUUUGUAUGGGGGGCUGCCCGACGCCCAAGAAGAGGAGGCCUCAUUGAGGCACAUUUCUGAAGAGGGGAGGAAAAUUCGUCGUUUGCAUGGGAACUCGCAUCCCCUUACAAAAUUAUCAGAA